GGACAAUAGCAUAGCAACCAGUCCAAAGUCAGUCAAAAGAACCAAAUUUAAAUCCGAGAAAACUUAAGUAGUUCGAAAAAAUGGCUACUCAGGAUUACAAACCUGGUGAUGUUCCUCUGGAGGAGCAAGAUGAUCGAAGAUUGUUCUGUAAAUUUCACUAUAAAGGUGUUCUCCUUCUAGUCGUACCCAUACUACUUGCACCCAUUUUAGCUGGACAUCCAGUGUUGAUAUGCCGCUUCAUAUACAUAUCGUUGUGUUUGUACCUGAUCUACAUCCUUAACUUGAUGGCCAGAGGAGGUUUAGCCUUUAUCUACAUUGUAUUUAUACCCGUUGCGGGCAUAGCCGGCUCGGGCAAAGUCAGUACCUCCUAUUAUACGGAUCUAAUAUUCUUGGUAUAUGGCGCUAUUUUCAUGGGCAUUAUGAUGGACAGUUCGAAGCUCAGCGAACGGCUGGGCGUGUGUGUGGCCAGCAUUGUGGGUAGCAGCCUGAGAUAUCUUCAGAUUUUCUUGACCAUCCCCGUUUUUCUGCUGGCCUUUCUGGUGAGUCCCACUUUAGCCGCUGCCUUUUCGAUGAAGGUGGCCCAAGCUGUGAUAACAGAAUACGAUAACGCUGGCAUUGUGAAAAUGAACUCUGACGAAAGCCGAUACGAGCCGGGAUCAAAACCAUAUCCGACACGUCCAGUGAUCGGAAUCUAUCUAACCUGUUGCUACACUGCCACACUGGCAGGCAGUCUGUCGCCCUUCGUGAAUCCCAAUGGUGUUAUUUGCGAUAUUUUCUGGUUUCUGAGUCUUGAGAACAUGAUGCUGCUGAUGGUGGUACCUGGCAUUUUGGGGCUAUUCGUGAUGGUCUUUUGGAUACAAAUCCUCUUCCUCGGACUCUUCGGUGGCAGUGUGAGGCGCGACCUUGCCGAACUGGAGGGCAACCGGGCGGGUUUCCGCCAGUCAAUGUACGACAAGAGACAAGCAAUGGGGUCCUGGGGAAUAUAUCCCAUGUUGGUUUUCAUCUUGAUUAUCAUUUUGUUCAUACUUGUGGCCACUCGAAAUCCGCGCCUCUUUCAGGGCUGGGAUGAUAUAAACACCGCUAACGAGUCCGGUCCCUCGGUGCCGACCAUUUUCAUGGCCAUCCUCUUCUUCGCCAUCCCGGCCAACUAUUUCUUCUGCAAGUACUAUGUGUGCCGGCAGCCGGAGACGGAGGGCACCAGUCCCUCACUCCUCGGCUGGAAGGCGGUGAACACCAAUACGCCCUGGGCCGACAUCUUCAUGCUGGGCGCCGCCUUCAGCUGCGUCUACUGUGCCCAGAAGAGCGGUCUGUACGAGGCGGUGGCCGGGGCCAUGACCAAUCCGGAGGGCGGCUCGGGACCCCUUCAGUUUGUGUGCGGCGCCCUGUUCGGAACCCUGCUCACGAACCUUUCCCCAGCCACCACUGUGGCCAAGACCGCACUUCCCAUUAUGGUCAAAGCGGGAGGUACUUUUGUUUUACCGUUCGCCACCGCGUUGCACAAUCAGUUCUUGCUGCCUGUCAGUUCCCCGUCGAACACCAUUGUCGCCGGCUGGGGCAACAUAAGACCUUUCCAAUUCUUGAUGGCUGGAAGUGUACUAACGAUCUUCAUGUUUUUGACAAUUGCUGGCUUUACUGCGCUACUUGGCAGCACCGCUGCACCACUCUUCUUUCCCUAAUUCAAUAGUUAUCGCUCCUCAAUAACCCACAAAAUAUCUAUUUCGAUUUCGACCGCAUUUAAUAAAAUUACCGAGUAAGCUUUACUGCAGUGUCCAACGCAAAAUUGUUGACACGUUUGGCAUACACAAUGGGAGUAGCAACUGGACUGGGAUUGUUAUGCCACAGCUGCUCAACGGACAUCCAUAUCCAUCUCUGGGAAAAACCAAAACAAAAUACAGCUGUCGCAGUCGUUUUGAGAAGCAAAAGAAAAAAAGGAUUAUAAAGCAAACAAACAAGACAGAACCUUUGGCCACAGGUGCACAAAGUUUGUACUAAUAAAAUUUAAAAUUGGAUAUAACAUAUAGCGCCAAAAUUUAAGUGUUUAAGUAACCAGAAGAACCAAUAU